AAGAGUCAGGUGAGAUUUCUGACGACGUGAUGGUUCGCCAGAUGGAGGUGACGGCAGGUGGGCACACGCAUUGGAUCGCGUGGCUCAUUCGAUCACCGUCGCUUCGACAGAACGUCGCAACAGGUGAGAUCAUCAGCGUGAACAGCCGCCAUCAUGGAACGCUUGUUCAGGAAUCCCCGCAAAGUUAUGAUUCAGAUGGGAGCUGCUGCUUCUGCCUCACUGUCCUUCAUGAUCCUGGGAAUGGUUCGUGCCUGGUCCAGUCCCGGUAUGCCGUCGCUGAUCAAUUCAAAGGCAAUUCCUCUUACCGAAUCGGACGUUUCAUGGAUUAGCAGCAUCCCGCCGCUCGCCUCGCUGGUCGGAAGUUUGUUGGCUGGACCUUGUCUAACUUACCUGGGUAGAAGGCGAACUUUGAUGCUGAUUUCCAUUCCGUACAGCCUGGGAUUUCUGUUGAUCGGCUUCGCUUCGCACGUUUCGAUGCUUUACAUCGGACGAAUCCUGGAUGGAGCCAUGAUUGGCUUUACCGCGCCAUCAGCACAAAUUUUCAUUGGCGAAUGUGCAUCACCCCGAGUGCGUGGAGCCCUUGGAGCUUUCACCGCCAUCUUCCUUUCGUUGGGUAUUUUGAUCACCUACAUCAUCGGGGCUUUUGUUCCCUGGAACGUCUUGGCCUGGAUUCUGAGUGCCUUUCCAGCUCUACUCUUCGUCGCCAUGUACUUCAUGCCCGAAACGCCCACCUGGCUCCUGUCGAAGAACCGCGAAGAGGAAGCCAGGAAGUCGCUGCAAUUCCUGCGUGGAGUGCACACUGACGUUAGCGUCGAGUUCGAGCGCUUGAAGGCUAACAUGGCCAAAGGUACCAAUUCGCAGCAGAUCCAACCCAAAGAGCUGCUGAAAGGAUCCGUCAUCAAGCCGCUUCUGCUCUCGAUGGCCCUCAUGUUGCUCCAGCAGUUCAGUGGCAUCAAUUCCAUCAUUUACUUUACCGUUUUCAUUUUCCAGAGAGCCGGGAGCACCAUGGACAAAAAUUUGGCCACCAUUAUCGUCGGUAUUGUGCAACUCUUGGCCACUAUCGCAUCCAUGUUUUUGGUGGACAGGGCCGGGCGACGAAUUCUUCUUCUAGUUUCUGGCGUCGUCAUGGCAAUCUCUCUGGCCGGCCUGGGAGCCUUCUUCUACAUGGUUGAAAUCUACGGCCAGGAAGUCCAGCAAUCACUCGGAUGGCUUCCGCUGGCCAGUUUGAUCCUCUUCAUCAUCGCCUACUCUAGCGGUUUCGCCAAUGUUCCAUUUCUCAUCAUGGGCGAGCUGUUCCCAGCCAAAUUUCGGAGCAUUUUGGGGUCUCUUGCUUCUUGCUUCAAUCUACUCUGCACGUUUACAAUCAUUCGGAGCUUCGGUGACAUGAAUAAGACUCUGGGCGAAUACGGGACCUUUUGGUUCUACAUGUCCUGGUGCGUUGUGCGGGUUUUCUUCGUUUAUUUCUGCCUGCCCGAAACCAAAGGCAAAUCGUUUGACGAAAUCGAGCGGAUGUUCGCCAACAAGAAGAAGCGGCAGCUGUACGCCGAUGAAGCCGAGACGGCCGCCGGUCCGGCGGCGGACCGGAACGAUGUAGUCGCUGUCGAAACUGUUGUUCGCGCUCCGAUCGAAGAAAAAUUAUCGCAGCCACACUCUUAUGGCGGACACGAUUUGGAGAGUGAAGCGGAGGACAACGGAGAAGUUGUGCCCACUCCACUUUAGAAGUUGCCAUUCAACUAUAGCCGG